GGCGCCCUCUCGCCUCUCUCGUCCCCUCACACCAGCAACCCACGUUGGAGCAGCAGCAGAGAGCCGGAGCGCCACCAGCCAUCCGAUCAAAACACACAGAUCAAUCCGAUGGCUCUCGCUCUCUCCGGUUCCUCGGCUGCUGCCCGCGCGCUGGCCCAGCUGCUGGCCCCGUCCACCAGAAGCUACGCGGCGGCGGCGGCGUCCGGGGCGAUGAGGCGCGCGGCGGCGGCGGACGGGAAGGCGGCGGGCGAGGGCAAGGAUGCCGCCGGCGCCGACGCCUCGUGGGUCCCCGACCCCGUGACGGGCCACUACCGCCCGGCCAACCGCGCCGCCUCCGCCGACCCCGCCGACCUCCGCGCCGCCCACCUCGGCCGCACCUACGCCCGGGCUUGAGAGGGCCCCCCAUGCGGACCUCGACCUCUACUCUCGUCCAGCGCGCGCCAUGAGUAUCCGGGAGAUCAGAUGGGACGAUGGAAGGAGGUUUGUUGUGGUCUGCCGCUACCGACGUUCCCGCGCGCGCUCUCUCGUCUCGACAGUUGCCGGCCGCGGCGGCUAAUUCAAUGAUAGCUUCAUCUUACGCCGGAGAGAUCGAUGGAAGAAAAGGGCGGCGGUGGCUUGGCUUAUUACUGCCUGUUCUCGGCUUGUGUGUGUGUGCGGGCUGGAUGCCCUGUUCUACUACUAUCGUUCGUGUUUCCAGAUGUUUUACUCCGUGUGGAGCAGGGCUUGUACUACCUUUUGCUUGUAUUCCGCUUAAUGAUCUAUCACUCGUAAUAAUGGAUGAAUUCGCAGCUUUCCUUUCCCUAAA